UAGCUCGCCUACCAGCGGCAAAAACUUAACAGAUCAUGAAGCAAAUUAUCACCAGCCUAGUCUCUAUCUCAGCCGCCCUGCUGUUGUUCGUGCUCAUCAGCGAAUACACACCCAGAUGCAACGGGCAAGUGCACCACAGAUUCAGCGGGUGGAGGCCCGGUGGAAAAAAACGCUCCGACGCCGCAGAAGUCAACUCGAACAAGAUCACCAUUGAAAGACCACAACUACCUAUUUGCCAGACGACAGAAGAACGACAACUACUUGAAGGGGAUUCCGAUAUUCUGGGCGAUUUGAGGAGAGCGGCAAAUAGGAUGAGACUUCUACAACUCUUCAACCUGUCAAAGACUCGCCUGAAUGACUUGAAUGAUGCGACAUCGAAUGAAGUUGAUGAGAGACCUGUCUAUGGAGACUAUCUCGGAACAGGAUUAUAGGAGACACCGUUUCUUUCACAUUUGCAUAAAUAGCCCUUUUUUCAAUAUCUAAGUUUAACAUAUGAACUCAUGCAUUUUUUAGUAUACAGGUGCAAUGUUAAGGAUACAUAUGUUUCAGCAAAUAGCUUCUUUUUUCUUCAAAACUUUCAUCAUAGGUCUUCUUGAUACCCUCGCAUAAAAAGCGGAAUAAACCUGCUGCUUUUUGCAUCAAUCAUAAAAACAAGGGAAUGUUUUCUUCUGAUUCAAGACUGUAUGUAGUCACAUGAUGAACAAUUGAGAAUUGAAUUCGAUUUAUAUAUACGUUUACUAAAUUUAUUUAAGUCUGAAUGCUUUUUAGACAGAGCUCUGUAGAAUAGGUUGAAUAAGCUUUCAUUUUAAGCAAUUCGUAUUAGAAGCUAUAUUACCAAUUAUAAUUUUAUUCAUCGAUCGUGAACCUGAUUAAAAUGUCCUACAGUUUCUCUAAAUGUCUCUAAUCCAGUCAUGCUCUUUAUCAUCGUCCACGAAUACAUCAUUUUGUGUGCUUUUAAUGUUCUCCACGAAAACACCCAUGUGAUGAUAUGUAAUCAAGUUCCGAUUAAUAUUUAUCGGCCGUGUAUUAUUUAAUAAUAUUCAGAGCAGCAUUAAUUCAAUGUGUGAACAUAUAAGUGAAAUCGAUACUGGUGUAUAUAUUUGUACAGGUGUAGUUACAUAAGCACUUCAGUGUGUGGAUGGAAGAAGUUUCGUGAUUCAAAAUAAAUCAAGAAAUUAAAUGAGGAGAGUUCAUACGCAUCAAAAUCGAUGAAGGCAAAAUAUAAUAAAGUUAAAUUAGAUUUAUUACGUAUAUACUGUAGUCGCUCCGCAUGUUUAGAUAUUUAGAAACAAACGAGGUAAAAGGGGGAUAGAGAGUGAGAGAGAGAGUGUGUAUGAGAAAGAGAGAGAGAGAGAGAGAGAGAGGAGAGAGGAGAGAGAGAGGUUUGCCCGUUCUGCGGCAAUUAUCCAAAGAUUAAGCGCAAUCGCCGUCCUAUGUGACAUAAUUAUAUAAUACCUAUUGGAAAUAAUCAACACAGAUGCAUGGCCUAUAUAGUAAUCACUUGGAAUGGAUUAAUUGAUAAACAAUGUUUGAAAUAAGAAGUGUGGUUAUUCAUUUAUUUAUUUAUCUAUUUAAAUAUCCAUACAAAUAUCUAAUUAGUUUAAUUUCGAUGCAUUAGAGUAGAGUUGUAAUAGCAAUUUAAAGGAUUUCAACCAAAAACAUGUGCUUCAUGAUUGGAUUUUUUUUUCCCCCUUACACUCAGUAGAUUUAUUUUCUUUCUUUGUUUCUCUAAUUCUUUCAUUCAUCCCCCAUGUCAUCGAAUAUGCCUGAUAAGACCCCUCCCCCUCUUUCCUCUAAAUUCAUUCCAGUGAUUUUAGUAAGGAAGAUAUGAAGAAUCUAAGGAAGAUAUGAACAUGGUUUAUGUACUGUGAGCAGUGAGGUGAGGUAAUGUUUUCUCUCCUUUUUUCACGAUGCAAUAACACUACAUUAUCCUAGCGUCAUUACCCUAGAACAAGUGCUGUAAUAUAAUUGCUACGUUAUGACUUUGACGGUUAAGGUUGACUCCACCCACCCCUUCCCCUUGUUUUAAUAUCAAAGUAUACUUUCCCUCCCCCUCUCAAUAUCUAUAUAUCUCCUAUAUUUAUAUCCUAGACAUGUUACUUAACUUUCAAGUCUGUUUAAGUUCUGGAAAGUCGAAUCAUUAUUUCAAUCACUAAAAUCUUCAACAGUCAAGUGGCGCCGAGACAUUGAGCUCCUAGCCCACCCCCUACAUGAAUGCAUCAAGGCAUUUGCAGAGGCCCCUUAAACAUUUUUAAAACUCGUCAUCUCUCCCUGAAUUUAUAUACAGUAAUAUUAUACGCAUUCUUUUAUAUUCGUCGUUCACACCUCCACGACGUAUACCUCACUUCAAAAAUGUUACCUGAUGUACCUCGUAUUUGUAUCUCUCUCCGUAAAGAAUCCCCAUAGAAAUGAUAUUCCUCUUCAAAAAUGUCAAGUGUACUACUUGACUUUCGUGUAGUUAUAGUCUAGAGACCACUUAUAUUCCCGGUGUUUUGAUACAAUACAAUCGCAACUAUUCUCGAAAGAUCAACUCAACGGUAAUUUCAACACCCUAUUAUACAUCGCAUAAAAAUCAUGUUCUGAUCACGAAGUACGUCACUGCAUGUUCACACAAUUCAAAAGGUGACGCACAGGACUAUUGGAAUGGCCUUAGGUAGAUUUCUCCGAAGUAAUGGUGAUCGUGUUACCCUUGAAAUCAUGACAUUUUGCUACAUCAAAAUGAGUUUUAUCGCCAUUAUCCCACUAUCUAUCGCUUGGGUGAAAAAGGUGGCGCCCACUGAUGACAAUCAAGUUUCACGCCUAUAAUUAUGCUUCGACGGCAAUUGCUCUUUAGCGUCUAUUUUGUACAUUAAUCGAAUUUAAAUGUUAAACCUGGAUCAAUAGUAUACCUAACCCCAAACCUCAACAUGUACCUAACCUAAAACCUAAGUGUAACCCCAACACUAACUAUACAAACUGUUUACUUGACGAAAUUGACCCUGCGUCAGUUUUGUAUUAUAACUGAAUUCUAAAUGCCAAAUCUGGAAAACGUACUAUACAUAACCCUAACCUUAAACCUAACCUAAAAACAAAAGUUCAACCCUGACUCAAACUUAUUUAUCUUUGACGAAAUGAAUUAAAGCCUGGAGCAAUCGCCUGAGCAUUAUGCCUGAGGACGGAUAAUCAGUCACCUUUAUUGCCUCCCUCCUAUGUCCCCGUAUAAUAUUAAAGUUACCAUUUCAGGAAAUACUAACGAGGAGAGCGGUGCGUGAAGAAAGAAAAUGAUUGUAUUUUUUUAUGAUGUAAUACAUGUUUCGCGUCUUCAUUUUGAUGCGAAUUACUUAAAUGGGAUAUUAUUAUUAGUGGAGAUUUCCUUACAGGUAAAUUCGCUGUUCUAAACACGAAGCAAAUCGCAAAUAUUCUACAUUUCUAACACUUUGCCGAAUAUAGAUUUAUGAAAAGUGCUAAUGAAAGAUUGCAAGGUUAUUAUCGCAUUGUACUUGAUGACGGCUUGUAAUUUUAUCGAAGAAGUCUGUAAAUAUUCUUAGAUUUUGUUUCACGUGUGCAGAACGAUACGCAUUGUCCAUCAUAAUGUAUUUAUUUUGUGGUACAAAUCACGGUAGAGUUAACGCUUUUUUUCAUGCACCUUUGUAUUCCCUUUUGGUUAUGUUAGCCUCUCCUGUCACAGCAUUAAUCUUGGGAAAAAGAAAAAAGAAAGUAAUAAAAAGGUCAAAUCUAGACUUCUA